AGAUUACGGUAAAGGCCAAACAUGCCACGGGGUUCUUGGCGCCGCCACGCGGGUGAAGUCGAUAGUUUGUUGAGUUACUGAGGUGAUUAAAGGCAGUGGAUACCUGCGUCCCGCGAAGAGUGGAACAGCUCCUCACGCGUGUCCUCCGUACAGUGGCGCGAUGUCGAAGUGGCUGCAUGACGGCGAGGUGCUGGUGGGUGAAGGCAGCGGUGAGGCGCUACCACUGAGCCCCAGGAUGCGGGAGCGGCCGCCCGGGAGCCCCCGGCCGAGCCGGGUGCACAGCCCGCUGGCUUCCCCCAGAGAGAAGGCCACGGGGAGCCCGAAGCUGGAAACCAUGGGCACGGCCAAGGAGCUGUUUGUGCUGUGUGACAAGGAGGGCAAAGGGUUUAUCACCAAGCGGGACAUGCAGAGGCUCCAGGUGGAGUUGCCUCUGUCCCCGGAACAACUGGAGACGGUGUUUGAGAGCCUGGACCGCGAGAGCAACGGAUUCCUCACUCCUGUUGAGUUCAGCACAGGACUCGGCGAGCUGGUGGGACUGGAGGACACGACUGAGCUGAGUCAGGAGGAAGCAAAGACGGAUAUGGCCCAAGUGGACUGGUCCCAGGAUGCUGCUGCAGUCAGAUUUGUAAACAUACUGAAGGAGUUGGGCGCUGACAAACUAUUCAACAAUCAGGAGGAGCUCUGCUGUCUGUGGUGUGAAGUCCAGAGAGACCGUCCGGAGCUGCUGAGCGUCCUCGAAGGCAUCCUCAUCCACGCCGCGUCCCACUUACAGGACUCGAACAGAGAGAGGGACAGUCUGGAGCAAGCUCUGCAAAGACGCGAGAGUGAACAUGAUCAGGUGGUUCGGUCCAUAUAUGAAGAAAUGGAGAACCAAAUCAGAGAGGAGAGAGAGAAACGCCUGUCUCGGGUACAAGAGAGUAUUAAACAGAACCAGAGAGGACAACAGCUUGAGGAGGAGCUGAAGCUGCGGGAGCAGGAGCUGGAGAACGUACUGAACAAACAGAAAGAGCUGGAGACCAGAAUCCAGCAGCUGGGCUGCGAGCAGACUAACGUCAAGGAGCAAAACCAGCAGCUGCAGCGCCUCAACGUCCAGUUACAGGAGCAGGUGGAGAACAGCAGGGAGCAGCUGCGGGCGACCGUGGCUCAGCUCAGCCUGCUGCAGCUCAGCACGGCCCAGGAGCAGGCGGCCAGGCAGAGGAACGUGACGAAGGUGUCCAGGAACAUGCAGAGAGAGAAGGACAGUCUCCUCAGACAGCUGGAGCUGCUGAGGGACAUGAACAAAAGGCUACGAGAUGAAAAAGAUGCCCAACAGUCCCAGAAGAGGAAUCCAAAUGUCACAAAGACUUUGCAGAGGACAGAGUCAGUCAUAGGUAACUACUUACCACAGGACAAGCCACUGAAAAGACAGCUGAGCUCAUGUGAUGAGUUGGAGCAGGACACAGAGGUGGCGAAGAGACACCAGCCGUCAUGUAGUGUCAGGUGUGAAAAUGUUGAACAGGCUCAAAUUCAGAGCACUAGUGUCAGUCCUCAGCGAGAGUUCAAGGUGGUGUUCCUGGGAAGUACAGGAGUGGGCAAGAGCUCCUUCAUCCAGCGGUACUGCACGAACCGCUUCCACAGCAAAAUCAGCGCCACAGCUGGUAUAGAUUUCCAGGUGAAGACUGUAACUCUGGGCUCCACCACUGUCACGCUGCAGCUGUGGGACACGGCGGGACAGGAGAGGUUUCGCAGCAUCACCGAGCAGUACUACCGUAAAGCAGCCGGUGUCCUCGCCAUGUACGACAUCACUCACUCCGCCUCGUUCACGGCUGUGAGAGGGUGGGUGGCCUCUGUGAAGGAGAAGAUGUGUGCGGGUGCAGUGUUAAUGCUGCUGGGGAACAAGCUGGACCUGGCGGACAGUCGUCACAGAGAAGUGACAGCAGAGGAGGGGAGGAGGCUGGCGGAGCGGCACCAGGCCGUGUUCUAUGAAUGCAGCGCCAGGACUGGAUGCAACGUGGACCAUCUGAUGACUCACCUGGCUCAGCUGUUGCUCACCCAGCAGGACCAUCAUUGUGAUGAGUCUACGAUGCAAAGACUCCUGACUGGGGACGAGGCCACGAGAAGCUGCUGCACAUGAGCAGACACCGACAGAUGGUUUGAUAGAAACUCCACAAUUUGGCUCAA